GACACGGUACACUCUGCAGAACGGCUUUAAGUGUUGUAAGGUCACAGUAAGGUCAAGCCAAACUUUAGUACAACGUUUAGUUAAGAGGAACAUGGCUAUUAACCGGACGUGGCAGUAGUUCUUAAUUCUCUCACCCUACUUGCCGACAAGAAUCGUUUAAUAUGGCAAAGGUGGACAGUUUCUUUGAGACAGAGGAGGGGCGAACUGUUGUAGUGGCGUUAGAGCGGUUCGUCAGAGGAUCUGCGACAGGACUGGCGCUAUACGGAGGCGGGACCAUCGCACUGUCGGUCGUGAACGGGAAACUCUUCAGAAGCCCCGGCCAUGUUGUCCGCGAAGCCCUGUCCGUGGACACGUUGCGUUUCUCGGCGUUCCUGGGAGCGUUUCCCGCCGUCUACAAACUGGCUCACGACACAUUACGGAGGGUUCGACCUGGGAAGGAUGGUUCGAACAGCACCAUGGCCGGCGCCAUUGCAGGACUGACCAUGUUUAUCGAGUCGGGCAAACGACGGCGGACCAUCGCUCUCUUCCUGUUGGCCCGUGCAGCGGGCGCUUUCAUGAGUACCUGGGUAAGACGAGGCCGCCUGCCGCGAGUCCGACACCUGGACACGGGCGUGUUCUGCCUCUGCACGGGCUUCAUCGUGUACGCCGCCGCCCUGGACCCCGAGCUGCUCCCCGUAGGCUACUACAACUCCAUCCUCCGCUGGUCCCGCGGCUGGACCGACAAGGGGCUGGCCGAAACCCUCCGGCGGGAGGGCACGGCGUUCGUCCCGUGCGAUGUACACAUGCACCCCGGUAGCUGUCAUGUCUACACCCUGAAGGACACGCUGAGGAGCUGGCCUAGCUUCUUUAAGAUGUACCUGCCCAUCAAUCUUGUCCCAGUCUUGCUCUUCAAAUACAAAGAGCUUAUAUCAAGGCCCACAGAUACUCUGACGUCACUCUUCAUCAACACGGCCUGGUCCGGCACCUUCCUGACGUUUCUGGUGCAGAUUGCGAAAUACGUCAUUUGCGUACUACGUCACUGGAAACACAAACCUCCUCCGGCGGACGGAUACAUCCCCUUCGCCGCCGGUGUGCUCUGCGCCCUCUCCGUGCUUUUCGAACGGGCUUCGAGAAGGCGAGAGCUGUCUAUGUACGUCGUUCCGCACUUCCUGAAUGGGAUGUUCCUAUUGGCUCAGCGGCAUCACGUGAAGACCGUGCCGUUCGGGUCCAUCUUGGUUUUCAUGGCGUCCACCAUGACCCUCAUGCACGCGUACGAACGGGAGAGAGACUCGCUCUCUAACUUAGUCAAGGGUAUCAUCAAACACUUGGUAGGGAACUAAGAUAUGAGCAGGUCAGAAACUUUAUCGCGUAACCGGUGUAAGCUAUGACUCCCAGGUCACGUGUCUUCCAUCUCAGAGCUGGAGAAAUAUGGCUGAUGCUCUCUAAAAAUUCUUCGUCGUGCAUCAGAGUUUAAUUCUCUAUGCUAAAUGUAUUACUGUUAAAUGCCACACUGUUGACGACCAAUUGUCCGUGUGAUGGGAACAUAUUCAAAUGUAGGCGGUCUCUUUGUCUGUUAUACAUCAUUCUUGUGGAUGAUUGGAUAGCUCUUACAGCUAAUUGUGGAUCUAAAUAAAUUCCUAAUUUACGAGGCAACCUCUUGUCAUACAAGUAAGUCUCGUUUAAACACGAAGUGUUAAUGUUGUCAACGAUUUUUCAUCAGAUGAAAGUUUCAUGAUAUUAUUUUACAUCAAACAACCUUAAACGAUUGAUGCAAAAUGUGCAAUAUUGGACCUACCUGUAAUAGUUUUCGUAGAUUCCUAGCUGCUACGCUAUACUGAAUUUUGUCACUGUUAUAUUUGUAAUUAUUGUUAAAGACAAGUCAAAGCUGCUGGUGCGAAAUGUUCCAUAAAUAAAUACUCAUCUAAAAAUGACGAAAAGUCAAAACAAUGCUAAAUAUAUCAAGAAUGAUAUUUAGUACAUUAUACCAAAUAAGAAAUGUAUUUUCCUUUUUUUCAUAUUACUGAUGAAAGCAAUAGUACAGAACUACUUAAAAAGUAAAUAAAAACGAAAACUGUGCACACAUUGGUUUGUGUGGUCAUUAUUUUGACCCCGCACGAUAAACAUGGUCCAAAUCAUAGAACCAAGCAAUUUGUAUAUACAGUUCACACACUUAUUUUAUACCAUGAAGAAAGAUUGCCCAUGUCGACCUUCUCAAAAUCAUAAGUGCCCUUUUCAGAUGCGUUACAUUUGUAUUUGGUAAAUCAAUUGAAAUCUUCAACAGAAUGAAUAUGAAUUGCUUAUCUUUAUUGGUUGAAGAUUAAAUUUGAGAAGAGGCGCAAUCAGGCAAAAUUCUCCAUAUUUUUGUCUUUCAAAGAAUGUCCAAGUGUCAAGAUAAAGACAGGUAAAAUUUUGAAUCAAAUUUAUGUCAAAUGUCUGUCAAUAACGAAAGUUCAAAAUAACGGAAAGAUAGAUGUCAGCGUGUAAAUCAUUGGUAAAUAAGGUAAUAUGUUAAUCAAACCGAACGAAAACCAACGUACGUCCAUGAGACGGUUCAAAAUGUCUGUCGAAAGUCGACCUCUGCUAGCUAUAUACAUGUACAUCAAAAUAAACUAACUGCUUCUGUUAACAAAAUCAGUAUACCGAAUAUACGGUAUUCAAAAUAACUAUAAAGAUUUCAAAGACUGAGUCCGUUCCUCUAAUCUUUGUUUCUCCGUGAAUUGAAGAGAAAUUCAAAUCUAAGCUCCUCUUUCAAUACAAGGAAUUGCCUUUGA